AUGGUCGCAUUAUACUUGAGACAGAAUAAGUGCAGAACAAAUUACGGUUGAAGAGCAACUUUGGAAGUUUUCAACGGAAACGCUUUUCAGGUUCUCUUCUGACGUUACUGUGCAUUUGUCAAAGUAUUUGCCUUGUGUUCGAGUUUGCGAACAUUGCGUUCGCUGUGAAUGGUGAGCAUUCUGAAGAGGCGUGCAUUCUGAUGAUCACAUUCAUUUCAGCCUACUUCUUCGAUCAUCCAAUCUACCGCUCCACCUGUUUCCUAGUCAUUUUCCCGUACGUCUUCUUCAACGUCUUCCAAGCGGACGUCGUCGCCGCCAUCUCCGUCGACUUCUUCCUCUGCGUUUUCUUUCCGCUACAGUAAGUUUAAUAAUAGAGUGCUUGUCAGUCGAUGAUGAAAUUCAGAUACUCUCACUUCAACAGGAAGCUCUACAUUCCGCUACUUUUGUUUUUUCCAUUCGCUCACGGUGUCUACGUUGUUCUUUGCGGCUUUAUUUACAUGGACGAUCUGCAAAUCAGAGUGACCUUCUUGUCAUUCACUCAUUUGCACUUUCUAUUUCAUUUUCCAGUUCUGCAACCCACCGUCUGCACUGAAUCUUCGCGUGAACUCUAUCAAUUAUACCAUUCUGCUCGCAGUCGCCUCUGUUACACUCCUUGCCUACACCGCAUCUUUCACCAGUUUAUAUUUCAAAGGUAAAUGGAACUAUCGUAAAAACUGUAUACUGUGUCCAUUCUAGGCAUCGUUUCUCGGCUGCCUGUCAAGCUGUCAAAAAGUUAUUAACUAAGAAAUUGCUCAUUAACACUUUGUGCAAAUUUCGCCAGUUGACAACUUUUUGAUUUCUCCAGAAAUAGUCUUGUUCUCUCCAUGAAAAUAGGAUCCAAUUUCAGCUCAAGCCAGAAGAAGCGUUAAAAUUGAGAGGAAAGCGAUGAAAAGUGUGAAAGUGCUCGUGUUCGUCUACCUCCUCAACCGGUUCACUGUCAUUCUCUUCGCCAAUCUCAUCAAUAUUCUCGGCGUUUCGGACGAAGGAAAAUCUGUCAUUUAUGACGUCAUUCUCGUUUUCGCCCUGAUCUGUUACUCUCAAAACUUUUAUAUCAGCUAUUAUCGGUCUCCAGAAUACAGAAAGAUGCUCAACGCACAAUUGGGUCUAUACCGAGCGUCCGGGAGUGCUGUGUUCGAUCUAAAAUUGAAAACUGUUGGAUGA